AUGGCUAGUGUAUCCUACCAAAUUGCAAAUCUUCUUGAAAAGAUGACAUCUAAUGACAAAGACUUCAGAUUUAUGGCCACAAAUGAUCUGAUGACUGAACUACAAAAAGACAGCAUAAAACUUGAUGAUGAUUCAGAGAGAAAAGUUGUUAAAAUGCUACUUCGUUUACUGGAAGAUAAAAACGGAGAAGUUCAAAAUCUAGCAGUAAAAUGUCUAGGUCCUUUGGUGAAUAAAGUGAAGGAAUAUCAAGUGGAAGGAAUUGUAGAAACCCUUUGUGCAAAUAUGCUUUCAGAUACAGAACAAUUGAGAGACAUAAGCAGCAUUGGUUUAAAAACAGUUAUAUCAGAAUUACCUUUAGGUUCAAAUACUCUUGCUGCAAAUGUAUGUAAAAAAAUCACUGGACGAUUAAGCAGUGCAAUUGAGAAGCAAGAAGACGUUUCAGUCCAAUUAGAGGCUUUGGAUAUUUUAGCUGAUUUGCUCAGCAGAUUUGGAGGACUGUUAAUUUCUUUUCACCCGAUGCUUUUGAAUUCUCUGCUGCCUCAGCUUGCUUCUCCACGUCAGGCUGUACGCAAACGCACCAUAGUGGCAUUGUCACACUUGGUGAUGUCGUGCAAUGUAUCACUCUAUAACAAGUUAAUAGACCAUUUGUUGGAGGGUUUAAGCUCCUCAACGUCUUCCAGUGUUAGUCGUACACAUAUACAAUGUAUCGCUUCUAUUUGCCGUCAAGCUGGUCAUAGGUUUGGCGAACAACUAUGGAGAGUGGCUCCACAAGUCCUAAGCCAUUCAACCGAUGCAGAUGAAGAAUUGCGGGAACACUGCUUGCAGGCAUUAGAGGCUUUUGUACUUAAAUGUCCAAAAGAAGUCCAACCACACAUACCAACAAUCAUCGAUCUGUGCCUGAAGAUGAUCACAUAUGAUCCAAACUAUAACUACGAGGAUGACGAGGAGGGCGGCGGCGGCGAGGACGAGGAGAUGGAGGACGAGUGCUUCGAGCCCGACGCGGAGCCCGACUCCGACUCCGAGGAGUACUCCGACGACGACGACAUGUCCUGGAAGGUGAGACGUGCGGCUGCUAAAUGCCUCGAGUCAGUUAUCUCAACACGCCAUGAACUGUUAGCGGAAAUGUAUCAGAAAGUUUCUCCGGCAUUGAUUGCGAGAUUCAAAGAGCGCGAGGAGAACGUGAAGUGCGACAUCCUGAGCGCGUACACGGCGCUGCUGCGCGCCACGCGGCCGCCGCCCGCGCUGCCGCCCGCGCUGGCGCCCGCGCGCGACUCGCCGCCGGCGCUGCUGCUGCAGCGGGUGCCGAGCGUGGUGCGCGGCGCGCUGCGCGUGAUCCGCGGGCGCAGCGUGCGCGCGCGCGCCUGCGCGCUGGCGCUGCUGCGCGAGCUGCUGGCCGCCGCGCCCGGCUGCCUCGCCGACCUCGCCGCGCGCGUCGUGCGCACGCUCACGCCGCCGCUCACCGACAAGAGUACGGCGUCGUCCAUGAAGAUCGAGACGCUGGUGUUCGUGGUGUGGCUGGUGCGCGGGCACGAGGCGCGCGCCAUGCGGCCGCACGUGGCGGCGCUGCUGCCCGCCGUGCUGGCGUGCGUGCAGGACCCCUUCUACAAGGUCACCGCCGAGGCGCUGCGCGUGCUGCAGACGCUCGUCAAGGUCAUGCGCCCGCUCGAGAGCUUGCAAGACGGCGACGCGGAGGAGAUGCAGGAGCUGCAGCGCUUCGUGCCCGCCAUGUACGAGUGCACGCUGGUGCGCCUGCGCGCCACCGACAUGGACCAGGAGGUCAAGGAGCGCGCCAUCGCCGCCUGCGGCCAGCUCAUCUGCCACUUCGGAGACUAUUUGGAGAACGAGCUCCCAGUGUGCUUGCCGAUAUUUUUAGAGAGAUUACGUAAUGAAAUAACUCGUUUGACUACUGUUAAGGCUCUCACAAAAAUCGCUUCGUCACCUUUACACAUCGACCUGCGGCCAAUUUUGACAGACGCUGUACCAAUUCUUGGAUCCUUCCUGAGAAAGAAUCAACGGGCCUUAAAACUUUCAACUCUAGUCUUAUUGGAUACUCUCGUUCAAAACUAUAGCAAUGCUAUUAGCAUAGAGCUGCUAAGUAAGGUGCUGACGGAGGUGCCGGCGCUGGUGUGCGAGGCGGACCUGCACUGCGCGCAGACGGCGCUGGCGCUGGUGCGCGGCGCGUGCGAGCGCUGCCCCGCCGCGCUCACGCCCGACGCGCGCGCCGCGCUCACGCCCAACGUGCUGGCGCUCGCGCGCUCGCCGCUCCUGCAGGGCGGCGCGCUGAAGGCGAUGGUGGGCGUGCUGUCGGCGCUGGUGGCGGCGGACGUGGCGGGCUGCUCGCGCCGCGAGCUGCUGGCGCUGCUGGUGGCGCCCGUGCACGCCUCCGCCGACCACGCCGCCGCGCCGCACCACGUCAAGCAGGCCUACCACUCGCUGGCCAAGUGCGUGGCGGCCGUGGUGGCGGCGGGCGGCUCGGACGCGCUGGACAUCACGCGCGGCUUCCUGCGCGACGCGGCGCACCCGCCCAGCGACACGCAGCACAUGUUCGCGCUGCUCGCGCUCGCCGAGAUCGGCCGCCACCUAGACCUGAGCUCAAUCCCGAACCUGAAGGAAGUUCUUUUGAGCUCGUUCGCGCCAUCAUCGGAGGAGGUGAAGUCAGCCGCGAGCUACGCGCUGGGCUCCGUGGCCGUGGGCAACCUGCCCGAGUUCCUGCCUUUCAUACUCAACGAGAUCGAGGCACAGCCCAAGAGGCAGUAUUUGCUAUUGCAUUCGCUUAGAGAGAUUAUAGCCUGUGAGUCAUGUACCCCAGAAGGGGUUGAAGCUUUAAGACCCUUCAUACCUGAAAUAUGGGUUCAGUUGUCGAAACACUGUCAAUGUGCAGAGGAAGGAUCUCGGAAUGUAGUAGCAGAAUGCUUAGGAAAAUUGUGCUUGUUGGAGCCUCAAGAUUUACUACCCCACUUGAAGGAAUUUUUGAAGUCACCUGAACCACUUACAAGAACAACUGCUGUUACUGCAGUUAAAUUUACUAUAUCAGACCAGCCGCAGGCGAUCGACGGGCUGCUGCGCGCCUGCAUGGCGGAGCUGCUGCUGCCGCUGCGCGACCCCGAGCUGGGCGUGCGCCGCGUGGCGCUCGUGGCCUUCAACUCCGCCGCGCACAACAAGCCCUCGCUCGUGCGCGACCUGCUGCCCGACCUGCUGCCCACCAUCUACGCCGAGACCAAGGUCAAGAAAGAGUUGAUCAGAGAAGUCGAGAUGGGCCCGUUUAAGCACUCGGUGGACGACGGGCUAGACCUGCGCAAGGCGGCGUUCGAAUGCAUGUACACGCUGCUAGGCACGUGCCUGGACCGCCUCGACGUGUUCGAGUUCCUGCGGCACGUGGAGGACGGGCUGCGCGACCACUACGACAUCAAGAUGCUCACCUACCUCAUGUGCGCGCGCCUCGCGCACCUGUGCCCCGCCGUCGUGCUGCAGAGAUUAGAGAGUCUCGUGGAGCCCCUGCGAGCGACGUGCACGAUGAAGGUGAAGGCGAACUCUGUAAAGCAGGAGUACGAGAAGCAAGACGAGCUCAAGCGCUCCGCUCUACGUGCAGCCGCCGCGCUGCUACAGAUACCGGACGCGGACAAAAAUCCUCACUUAAUGGACUUCGUAACACAAAUCAAGUCUUUCCCGGACCUGCAGCCAAUAUUCGAAUCCAUCUUAAAGGACUCGUCGGGCGCCGGCGUAGAUGCCAACCUCAUGGACCAGAGCUAGCCGCGCCAACAAUCCCUGCGAGAUCUCUCUUUUCAUUUCGUUUAAGUUCAUACCUUACGUUGUAAAAAUUAUAACCGAUAUGAAAAUAAGACAACGCGAUUUGAUUCAACAGUUUAUAAUUAUAAAAAUUACAAAUAUAAGUAUCGCCGACAGAAAGCUAGGCGCUCGUCUCCGAGCAACGAUAGCGGACGAAGUGGGGAUCGGAAGGAACGUUAUCUUCAUUAUAUAUUAUUCUUCGAUAGUUCUAUCUGAUAUGUAUUGUGAUAUUAUUACAAGUUAUGUGGAAUAUUCGCAGGAGUUUGGAUAAAUACAAUAAUAAAGCGAAA